GAGUGCAGCAUCUAAAGCGGAUUUAUGUGCCUUCCUAAGCAGGUCGUGCAGAGAUCUUCUAAAGGAAACACUGGCAGCAAACAGAGGAAAACAUGGCCACUCCUUUUCUGUUCAUCCUCCUUCAUCUGCUCUCAACCUCCGCUGAUGAUUGCUCUAGCCAACUGCAUAACAGUCUCACUUGUUACAAUGAUUACAGUCAUAAUAUCAGCUGCACAUGGAAAAGCUCACGUCAUAAGACUGAUACCUGCUCAAUAUAUGCUGAAAGACUGAGCAUCAAAAAAAAAAAUGCUUCUUGUAAGCUGCAGCCUUUUGAUAACGCCAGACCAGACUUGAAGUGCUCAUUGAUUUUUAGUGGAACUGAACUGUUCCAAACCCAUACUAAGGUAUCCAUGAGUUUGAGCUGCUUCCCUUCAAACCAAAGUGAAAUCAUUGUUUACCAACCAGCAUGUCACAUAAAGGUGAAUCCUCCUCCAAAGCCUGAAGUCAACUUUACCAACCUUUCCUGGUUCUCCCAAGUUCGAAAGCCUACAAACAUUAAAUAUUACUAUUACAAAACAGAGCUUCAAUGGAAACAAAAGGGACACAGAUGGAGCGACGUCCAGACCAAAAACAGUAAAUGUCAAUGGGAAUGUACGGCGCAGCUGGAUGAAGAGUUGCUUCUAGAAAGCAAGACUUAUGACGCCCGCGUUCGUGUGUUGACCCUCUAUGGCGAACAGACGAGGGGAAGCUGGAGUGAUUGGAGCCCCACUGUGUCUUGGGUGCCCAGACCAAGAUCAGGAGAGGAUGUGGUUGAUCUGAACUGGGCUAUUUUGAGCCUAGCAGUGUUUGGUUUGUUGCUGUUGCCUGGCGUGUUCAUCACAAUGCGCAAGAACACCUGUUCCAGGAUCUACAUACUGAAGAAGAUUACAGGUCCACCUCUGCCCGAUCCUUCAAAGGCAACACAAUUCCAGACCUGGUUGGAUCCGUACUUCACCAGUGAAUUCUAUCAGUCCUUCUUAAAAUCAGCAGACAUCGUCUCUGUUGAGGAAACGUCCGCCGUGGACGACGUCACACUCUGCACGCCGGACAGAAAAGUGAUGCCAGAGCUGAACGAGUCCAUUUGUUCCAGCUUCUCCAAUCACAGCUACUCUGAGUUUUGUUGUCCUCCUGUGUUCCCGCUCACCGCUGGGAGUCCGAAGCCCCAUGCCGUAGAAGCCUCCUACAACAACGUUCCUGGUCGCGAAGAUGAGAAAACUAAAAACCGGGACAGUGACGUCGCGAGAAGAGAUGCGGAAAUGGUGAAGGCCCUUCUGAUGGGUGGAAUUAACCACGGGGCAGUGGUGAUUUCUGACUACAAGAAGGUUCAGAAGCUCCAUACCGAACUCCACAGUUUCCAUAGUGUGGACUCAGGCAUGACCAGUUAUGAAGAAGUCAGUCAGGAAAGCAUGGAGGCCGACAGCAUCAAUAUGGUUGAGGGGACGCCAUCGGCGCAAGAAAACCGGGAAAUAAAUAAUGAAGGGAAUGAGACAAAAUCAGAUAUUCAGAAGUUGUUUGAAGGCAGUGAGAGCAUCUUGGGCAAAAUCACCAUUGUUUCAGAUUACAAACAAAUUCCCAUGAUCCCGGUCAAGAAUGCAGAGCUCCUGCGGCUCCACAGCGCAGAUUCAGGCAUGGAAAGUUACGAGGAAGUCAGUCAGGAGAGCAUGGAGGAAGACAGCACUUAUAUGACGGAAGGACACGAUGGUGGGUCACUGAGCAAGGAGAGGAAGGAGAGUGAAAUUCAGAAAUUGUUUGGAGGUAGUCCAGGCAUUUUCUGUCAAAAUCCUCCUUGUGGUUUUUCAGAUUACAAACAAGUUCCAACAAUCCAGGCUGGAAGCCCUGAGCUCCCCUGGGUUUCCUGCCUGGAUUCAGUCGUUAACCAGGUAAACUCGGAGAAUCUGGAGAACAUCAUGGAGGAGGAUGAUAAGACCGCCGAAGGCACUCGCCUCUUAUUUCCUCCUUUUCCUCCCCCUGCUUUGGCAAACCCCUUGAUAUUUUUGUCACAACGGCCCUUGGAUACGUCUCAAUCAAAGCUGGGUUCUGCUUUGCCACCACUGUAAAUGAAACAAAUUACGUCAGGCAGCGUUGUGCACCAGUCCAGUGACAAAGAUCACAUACCAGUAAGGCAGGGUCAACGCAAAGAAUGGGAGGCUUAAGUUUCUGUCCCAUGCAAGAAAAACAACAAGCUUUAAUGCCCAGCAAAAUAUGACAAUAUAAAACAUAUGCAGUUAGUCACUGGUAUUGUUAUUGUUGUGAGGAUUUUAUCCACUUUCCAAGGUGGAAACUGUGAAAGUAUUGAUACUUCGGGGUGUCUUUUUGAUAGUCCAGUAGACUCGGUCUGAUUGGGGACCAAAGUUACAUUUGUUUCAUUUUGAGCAGGUAUGGUUCACUUUGAUGCUGCACUGCGUCAAAUGAACUCAACCAUUUGGAAAACCUCUUGCCCUCUCCGUCGCCUAUGGUGGUGCUGCACCAAGGACCACUGAAGGAAAUUACAUAAACACCUCUGAAGAAGACGUGAACACAACUUCCAAAAUGUACAGACAAAUGAACGGUGCCAGAUUUCAGCGGUUGUAGGAUUUCUCUUUUGUAAUUGGCAAAAGACCACGAGCCAUUUCUGCUACUAGUGCUGGACUCACAGGUUCGCUUUUGUUGUAUUUACGCAGAAAGCCCUGCAGCAUAGUCUGUUUUUGGAACGGUCUCCAGUCCACCUGACAUUCACAUAUGCAUUUAAACCCCAACAGAGUUCCAGAGUUCACGGAUCAGAGUUCACUUCUUUGGUCCACAUUAGAGUUAGGCUGCACAUUCACACCUCUCCAAGCAAACCAGACUUUCCAGGCUAACGAGCCAGAGUUUGACGAAUGCAUGUUAUCUGACUUUUUUUUUUUCUUUACCCACGCUCUUUCUCGUUAAAAGUUAAAAAAACAAACAAACAGUAAUUAGUGGUAGUUUUUGCAUGUAUGCCACCCUGGGCAGCAUGUUUGCUAACAGCAACCAGAAUGCCACAGUUUGACUUGGACUCCAUGUAUUGAGGGCUAACUGCCAUACCGCCUGAAAAAUAAUCAAAGCCCAGGAUAUCCUCUCAGAUAUCCUGGGCUGAAUGACGUUCAGCUCAGCCAGGUAACCAGCCUCCUCUUGCGCCACCAGCAAACAGGAUGUACAUCACCGCAGGGGGCUGAACAGAAACACCACAAAUCCUGUGUCAAGUAUUUACUGAGUAAUUGUGCAGAAGAUUCAGUAAUCACAUGUGCAAAAUGCUAUGCAAUUAAUUCAGAAAGUUCUAAAUUGUAAAGUUUUUCAUUCUUUUACUUUCCUGAGCAACUGCUAAUGUUUAUCCCUUAUCAAAAACUCCCACUGAAUAUAAGUGAGCCUUGUGAGAGCUUAUAAUGCAUUUAUUAUAUCAAAAUGUACUGUCGACACUAUAUCCAGUGUUAUAACCAGUUGUUUAUCUUUAUCUCGAAGAAAAUAAUGGGGCUAAUGUAUCCUAGAUACUAAAUACAGACCAUUUUUAUUGAUAAUUUCCACAAAUGUUGCUUAAGAGUCGUUUUGCAAAAGAUUUGGCUCCUCUGGUAACACAAGUGGCAUUAAUAAAGAUGGGAGGAAAUGCACACAUCCCAAAUUUAAAGCUCACUAAUGAUAAAGGAAUAUAAAGUAUUUGGAGCUGCAGACUUGGAUGUAAGAAAUCCCUGUCUGUCUUCUGUUGCAAGACAUGUAUAGUAGCAUUUAAUUUGGUGAUUUUUCUCUGAACAAAAGAAGGACUUGUGAAGUUUAGAUCUGUGGCACUAAGGUGAACUUUGAACUUCAAAGCAGCUUGGAUGGGUGAUGUGUGUUGAUUCGUAAUGAAGGGUGGAUGUUCUUAGAAAAGUAAAUUAUGUGUAAAUAAAGUUUUAAGUAGCAAUAAAUGUCCAACUAUUAAAUCAUAAUGCAUAACCUACAGCACAGUCAGGUGUUUUAUUCUAUUACUUCAUUAUCAUUAGUGCAGGGAUUAAUGUUUUUGCAGUUUGUCUUUAAAUUAGAUUUUAUUUUUUUGCUUAUUUUGCCAUAAAUCUCUUAAAUUUCUGGGAUUUUUACAAUAUAUUAAAUAUAUUUUAUUCUUUUUAUGGAUGUCCUUUGUAUUGCCUAUCCUGUUAAUAAACAAAUGUAGUGCACUGUAAGAAGAUUAAUCCCAAUAAAAUAAGUUUUGCAUCUU